AUGUCUGAAGUAGCAAUUUCAGAGGCAACUUCUUGGCUAGGUAGAUGCUGGUCGUCCUUCGGUAUAGGACGGCUACUCCUCUGGUCAUUGAGCAUCCUCAUUGCCCAUCGUUUGAUUCAUCGCUUAUUUUUCCAUCCACUUCGACACAUUCCAGGACCAUGGAGUGCCACGCUAUCCGGAUGGUAUGAGUUCUAUACAAAUGUCUGGCAAGACGGUCAGUGGUGCAAGACAUAUCCGGAUUUGCAUAGAAAGUACAAAUCGCCCGUCGUCAGAAUUGGUCCGGAUCAUGUUCAUAUCAAGGAUAUUGAGGCAUACGAGAAGAUCUUCCGCAACGGCACAAAUUACCACAAAGACCAUACCUUUUAUACCUGCGCCGAUAACGAUGGCUCUAUCUUCUCGUUGAGUGAUUGCCAUGAGCACCGAGUUCGUCGUAAAGCUCUCAGUCCACGCUUUUCGAAACAGGCGGCGGAAGCCGAUGCUCCUGGAAUUUUACGGCAGCUUCGGCGUAUGGAAAACUUCAUGGUUAAACAAUCGGCGCUAGACAAGACCUACAACAUCAACGAUCUCUUCCGGGCGCUUGAAAUCAAUGUCGUAGGCAAAACGCUGCUAGGAGACUGUGGUGAUUUAGUUGAAUACCAAGAGACCAAGCCCGAGCUUCUGGAGACUGUCGACGGAUUAUCCGCAAUGAUACCCCUAUUACGAUUCUUCCCAUAUAUGGCAGCCGUCAACCAAAUCAUCCCAUCCGUGCUAGCAGAUAAGUUAAUGCCUGCUGGCGUGCUCAAUUUCAAAAAGACCUGCGAAGACUACACAAAGCCACGAAUGAUCAAGUCUAUCCGCACUGACCUUGAUCGAACUAGGGCAUCCGUAAUCGAGCUCUUAGUAGCACAUAGCUACGAUGUUACUGGGAACCCGCCUAAUAUCGACUACUUGGCAGCAGAGGCCUUUACAUUCAUUGAUGCCGGGGUAGACACCGCCGGUAGAACACUGGCAGCAGCGGUGUACUACGUUCUUCGCAAUCAAGAAAUUGAAAAGAAACUCGUGGACGAGCUGAACGACGCGAAGCUUUGGUGCAAUGGCACUAAUGAAGCUGAUGUCCGCACACUAGGGAGACUUCCUUACCUGAAUGCUAUCAUCAAAGAAGCACACCGGAUAUGGCCAGCACUUCCGGGGCCAUUGCCUCGUGUGGUACCUUCGGAAGGGCUGCGAAUUGGGCGUUACUUCAUCCCAGCUGGUACCAUCGUAUCUGCUACCCACCACUCACUGCACUUCGAUGAGACAAUCUUCCCUGAGCCCAACAAUUUCAAACCUGAACGGUGGCUACGAGAAGAUAGAACAGAUCUUGACCGAUACCUUAACCCGUACAGUCGUGGAAGUCGUGCUUGUAUCGGGAUCAAUUUGGCUCAAAUUAAGCUACAGCUAGGAUUAGCUGACCUCUUCUACCGUCUUGAUAUGGAAUUAUGUGAGCCAAUCCCGACGGCUCUAGGCUGGAAGGACCACUUUGUGGCAGAGCCGACGAGCGCUAUUUACCUUCGGGCCCGGUUUAGGAAAGGAAUUUCAUGUAGCGAGUAG